GACCAUGGUCACCAUAGGGUAACAAAGCAAGAGGAAUUUAAGGAAGGACCUGGAGCCUUCUUGCUGAAUCAACAAUAUGGUUAUGCUAUUGAUGUUUGGCGUCUAGAAAACCUGACGAUUACUAUUGGCAAGUCUCCGAAGAGUAUCCGCUUAGCCGCAGCUUUGCUGCAUUCUCCCCAUGGAACCUAUUGGACAAAAUGGGCACACCGAUCAGCAUGAGAACCAGGCCUGUUCAUCCACCGUAAUCACCGAAAAAGGACCAUCGCACUGUGAUGAAAUAUCUGAGAGUCCUCUCACGAGCCUGAGCUUGUCGCACGACAAUUCGCAUGACAUCUCUAAGCUGCCUGGAUGUUACAACGUGCGGGGUAAAAUGCCAGAGGUUCUCACCCCACACCGAGAUUUUUGCGAAUGUGAACGACAGUCCUCGGACGCAUUCCGACAAGAUCUGCGUCCUACGAAACAUCUAUCGGAGUGCGUUCCUGCUAUUGCGGCAUCAAUACGGUAUGCCAAUUCCGGACUGGUCUAACGAUUCGGGUCCAACGGUCGCGGCCUUUAUUGCAACAUCAUAGAAAAGGCUUAUUCGAAAUCCGAUCGAUACUCGAUGUCCACAUUUGGCUUAGAUGAAGUUCAUUGCUCGACAAUGGCAAUAUUCAUAUUCGUG